AUGAUGAAUGGGGAGUAUAAUGACGGACAACUGUCGGAUACCUAUUUGGAUAAUAUUAUAAAACAACUCGAAAUAUCCGAUGGUUCGCAAGCAACUGCGUGUGUUCGUUCGGUAUUCGUUCGUAAUGACGCUGGAACAUUCCUGAAGAAGCUUGACGAACGGAUCAAACAUUAUGAUAAUGAAAUCGAAAAAUUAUGUAAUUUUCAAUAUCAAAGUUUCGUUAAGGCAUUUCAUGAACUAUUACAAGUACGAAAGGAUACAACCAGUAUGAAAAACGAAUUGGUGAAGAACAAUCAGAUGAUGCAAGUAGCUGGACAAAGUUUAGCAAAGAAGACUGAGGCUUUAAUCAAAGAAUAUCAUCGACAGAGUAACAUACAACAAACGAUCGAUGUCCUAUCACAAGCAUUUCCAGUUUUCGAAACCUAUCGAAAAUUGCAAGAAUGCAUGGAAGAAAAAAAACUCUAUCCUGCCUUGAAAUUACUUGAACAAUUGGAGACCAAACACCUCGUGCUUGUCAAGGAACAUCGUUGGUCAGAACUAAUUCAAAACAACAUCGCCAAAUUUCGAAGUCAGAUUCGUAAUGAGUCGCAUAACGAGUUGAAGAAUUUUCUCGAAAAUGUUGCAACUCAUGCAGAUAAAAUCGGCAAGAGUGCCUUCGCUCAAGCUGCUGUUCGUCUUGACAUCGAUAGACGUUACUACACAUUAGAAGAAGACCGUAAAAAGGACCAAAAGCAACAAGCUGAUGGCUCGGUUGAUUCAGCUUUAAUCAAUAUGAAUAUCACGGAAUUGAUUGAUUUCUCUCCGAUUUACAAAAGUCUGCAUAUAAACCUAUUUCUCAACUGUAAAGAAGAAUUUUCCAAGCAUUACCAACGAGAAAAACAAAAGCAAGCGCCUGUCAUUCUGGACGUUCCACCUAAGAUGCACGAGUCAUUCGAUGCAUUCAAAAAAUAUCUCCAACGUGUAACAGGAUUUUUCAUUGUCGAAGAUCAUGUUAUGAACACCACUGAAGGAUUGAUUGAUCAGCGAUUCUACUAUGAAUUAUGUGAACGUGCAACUCAACAAUUAUUAGCUGUCCUUCGACGUGCAGUGUUAACUUCCUACAAUCCAGAUUUGAUGUUAGAUAUGAAAAUUGUCGUUGUCCUGUUCUGUGCAGCGAUUAAAGAAUCGGGCUUUCCUGCUACACCACUUCUAGAUGUUCUUAUGGAAUUACGUGAAAGCUAUCAACAAUUGUUAUUAACACAGUGGAGUCAGAAAUUCACUGAAAUUCUCAACAAUGAUAAUUAUACACCAAUGGUUAUUGAAGAUGAAACCAAAUAUCAACUUUUACAGAGACAAUUUCCAUUGAGAAUUGAAGCAACGGAAAAAUUACCAUUCCCACGUCAACUACCGUAUAGUGAAUCAGUACCAAAAAUCUUUUUGGAAAUCAAAGAUUUCGUCGCUGUUUGUGCUAAAUUUGCCAAAGGUCUAAACGUUAGUAAAACCGAAAUUGAUGAUAUGAUACGCAAACCUAGUAAUUUACUCUUAACAAAAACAUUGAAAACGGCUCUCAUAGAACUAACAGCAGCUGAAUCAAGAAGACAACUGAAUUUCUCACAACUUGUGCAAAUCUGCAUCAAUACCUUGCAUUUAGAGAAUGCUAUGCCUUUUCUGGAGGAUUAUAUCGUUGCUUUAGUACAUGGAGGCGCGAAACAACUUGGACUUCGACUUCAAGGUGCAUCGAUGCUCAAAGAUAUUCGCAGUCUUGUCGAAGAUCGUAUCUAUGAUAAAUUAAACGAUAAAAUUGAUGAGUGUUUAGAUAUCGCUUCCUACGAUUGGAUGAUGCCAGAAGCAUUUGGUGUUGCCAGUGAUUAUAUCACUACAACAAUCCAAUUUCUCGAAAAUACCUUCCGUGCAUUUACACAUCUGCCUACCCAAUUAUCUCAAACAACAUGUCUAUCAGCAUGCAAACAUAUCUCAAACUCACUAACAAAUAUCCUUCUUAGUCAAGAUGUGAAAGCUAUAUCAUUCGGAGCACUCGAACAAAUGAGUUUGGAUCUGAUGCAAUGCGAAGUGUUCGCAUCGAAAAUUAAUAUUGCAAAUCUAGAUAGUGAAACUUUGUUACUCUGUUUUCAAGAUUUACGCCAACUGUUGGAUCUCAUUAUGGAUAAACGGUGGUCAGUUUUCUUUGACAAUUAUGGUAACCCAGAUUCACCAUUCGCCCGUGUGGCCCCACGCACAGCUUUGAUAGUUGUCGAAAAAUUACGGGACGGGCUAAAACGACCGUUGCUCUCGAAAUUCAAUCGACCCGCAAUGGAAAAAGAGAACAUCAAAAUGUUGGAAACAGUUGCAAAUAAACUACGACCUUUAAUGAAUGAUAAUUCCUAA